AUGAAUAAUUUAAUUAAAGUUUUUUCCUCAUUUAAAAAAACAAAUAACUUUUCAAAUAAUUUAAUUAAAAAUUCAACUUUAUUUAAUAAUAAUAAUAAUAAUAAUAUUAAUAAAUUAAUUUUAAAACAAAAUAAUUUUUUAAUAAAUAAUAAAAGAAAUUUUUCAACAUCAAAUGAAAAAGAUUUAACAUCACCAUUCACAUCAUUAAGUGAAAUUCAUCCAAAAUUAGUUGGUGAAAAACUUUAUGAUACAACCAAUUAUGAUGAUAAAAAUAACGAAAAAUCAAAAAAUUUUAAAGCUCAAAUUACAACAUUACCAAAUGGAAUUAGAGUGGUAUCAAAACAAACUCAUGAAGGUGUUUGUGCAAUUGGUUUAUAUGUUAAUGCUGGUACAAAAUAUGAAUCACCACAAGAUAGGGGUGUAUUUAACCUUUUAGAGAAAAUGACCUUCAAAAAGACUAAAAAUCAUACAACUUCAGAUAUCAUAAGAGAAUUAGAAGAAAUAUCAUUAAAUGCAAUGGCCUCAUCAAGUAAAGAAAUGAUUAAUGUUUCUAUCGAAGUAUUAAGAAAAGAUUUAGAAUUUGUACUUAGUAUAUUUUCUGAUCAAAUAAAGUGUCCAGAAUUUGAAGAAGAGGAAAUUAAAGAACAAAUUGAAGUUUGUAUUAGAAACUGGGAGAUGAUGACACAAUCUGCUUCGGAUCAAUUAUUAUCAGAAAUUUUAACAAAUGUUGCCUAUGGUGAUGGUGGACUUGGUAAUUUAGUUUUAGCAAAUCCAGAAGAGUAUAUGAGAAUUAAUAAAGAGAAAUUAAAAGAAACUUUAAAGAAAUAUUAUGUUGGUAAAAAUAUUGUUAUUAGUGUAACUGGUGCAGAACAUUCUGAUGUAACUCAACUAGUAGAUAAAUAUUUUGGUGAUAUACCAUAUACUCAACCAAAUACUCCUAGCUCUGAUGCAAUUGAUAAUCAAACAUUUUAUAGAGGCGAAAACGAAGAAUCAUCAUGGUUAAUUGCUUUUCCAUAUUCUGGAUUAUCAACUGUUGCAGAUUCUAAAGAAAUUAUAACUGGUUUAGUUUUACAAUCAUUAUUAGGUGGUGGUUCAUCUUAUUCAACUGGUGGUCCAGGUAAAGGUAUGCAAAGUCGUUUAAAUUUAAAUGUGGUCUAUAAAAGUCAUGCUGUAAAGAACUGUCAUGGAUUUUUCUUUAUUUUCAAUAAAUUUAGCUUAUUUGGUAUUAGUUUAACAACCAAUGCUGGUUAUCUUUCAAAUGGAAUUAGUUUAGUUUUAAAUGAAUUUUUAAUGUUAAAUAAAACCAUCACUCAAACAGAUUUAGAUCGUGCCAAACGUACUCAAAAGUCUCAAAUCCUUCAAAAUUUAGAACUUAGAAGUAUUCAGUGUGAUGAUAUGGCUCGUCAUGUUUUAGCUCUCAACACUUAUAAAUCACCUGAAGAAAUAUGUGCUCUUAUCGAUUCAGUUACAAUUAAUGAUGUUAAAGAAUUAACCUCAAAACUAAUUCAAUCUAAUCCUUCUGUAGUUUCAUUAGUAGCUAAUGAAAAUGAAGAAAUUUUAACAGCAGAACAAUUUUCAAUUAUUGUUAAAAAUAAUUUAAAUUUAUUUCAAUAA